AGUCUAUUUCAAUCCUCAAGACUAGAACAGUUCCAUAUUCAAACACGCGGAAUCUCAUUCAACUCUCCUCUCUAGAGUAAAGACCACUCCAGUCUUCACCCCAUUAUAGAAGAAGAAGAAGAAGAAGAAGAAGAAGAAGAGAACUGUACAACAACAUCAAUCUAGUCCAUGGAGGCCGAAGCUUCACCGUUUGAGAGCAGUGAGUUGGUGGCGAGUUUCCUGGCCUCGACGCCUUUGCUAAGCGAGUCAUGGAGGCUGUGCAGCGUCGCCAACGCCUCCGCUCCAUUGGGUUUCGUAUCGGAGCGAAUCGGAGAUGUCGGGUACUUUGCUUUCUCGGCCUGCAGUACCCAAAUGAUCACGGAGGGGUCGGAAUACUACUCCACUUGCAGAAACUUGGUGCCAUUGGAUAGUGCAGGCGCCGGCGCCGGUGACGGGCUUUUUUCGGUAUUGACCAAAAGUAGUAACAGUAGUAUCAAUGGAGAAGAAGAUGAGGGUGCAGUGAUGGUUCAUGCAGGGCUGCUCAAUCUCUUCUUGUUUUUUCGUAGCUCCCGAGCUUUCCAAGACCAGAUGUUGGCGCUGAUAAAUGGAAGCAAGUCCAUUGUGAUCACAGGCCAUUCUAUAGGAGGAACAACUGCCUCACUCUGCGCUCUUUGGAUCCUUUGCUACCUGCAAUCCGUCUCUUCUACCCUUUCAGUGCUUUGCAUUACCUUCGGUUCACCAUUACUUGGGAACGCAUCUCUUUCCCGAGCAAUCCUUAGGGAAAGAUGGGGUGGCAAUUUUUGCCAUGUGGUGUCCAAGUAUGACAUCAUGCCAAGACUCCUAUUCGCUCCUUUAGAGUCCUGCACUCGCCAACUCCAUUUCUUGCUGCAAUACUGGCAGAUGUCUAUGUCGGCUUCUUCUCCAGGCAACUUUGGACAGUCUCCAGUACUUCAACUCGGUGAGGAAGAGAAAGCUCAACUCUUCAGCUUCAUAUCACAUUCUAAUUUGCUAGUGUCUUCAGUAGCACAAGCAGAAGCAAGAGAAGAGAAAGCAAAUAGUUUGUAUUGGCCAUUUGGAAACUACGUGUUUUGCUCACAAGAGGGAGCUAUUUGUGUGGAGAAUGCAGCAUCUGUGAUCGAGAUGAUGCAUUUGAUGUUUAUGACUGGUAAUCCCAGUUGCUGUAUCGAUGAUCAUCUAAAAUACGGACACUAUGUUGGGAAGAUUUCUUCACAGUUUCUGAGUAAGAAAAGCUUCUUGCAAGGGGAAGUGAUUCCUGAGUCAAGCUAUGAAGCAGGGGUUGAACUGGCAUUGCAGUCAUCAGGAAUAAGUAAACAGGAACCAGCUGCCAGACCGGCGGAAGAUUGCCUAAAGAAGGCUAGGGGAAUGAGGCAUAUGCGUACACCAAGCCUCAACGCUGCAAACUUAGCCAUCAGAUUAUCCAAGGUUGUACCUUACAGAGCUCAAAUAGAGUGGUAUAUGGCAUCCUGUGAUAAGUCUGAUGAGCAACUAGGUUACUACGACUCCUUCAAGCAACGGGGAUCAUCCAAAAGGGACCACAAAGUCAACAUGAACCGGCUCUUGCUUGCUGGAUUUUGGAAUGAUGUGCUCCGCAUGCUGGAGAACAACGAGCUGCCUCAUGAUUUUCACAAGCGAUCAAAAUGGGUAAACACUUCCCACUCUUACAAGCUCCUGGUAGAGCCACUGGACAUUGCUGAGUACUAUAGAUCUGGUACGCACCGGAUCAAGGGUCAUUACUUGAAGCAUGGAAGAGAGAGGAGGUUUGAAAUUUUCGACAGGUGGUGGGGACAGAGAGAGGUUGGUCCAGAAGAAAACACUAGUAUGAGAAGCAAAUUUGCAGGUUUGACUCAGGACUCUUGCUUCUGGGCUAAGGUGGAGGAAGCUACAGAGUGGCUAGCUAAUGUUAGAAGCGAGAGUGAUGCAAGGAAGCUGGCUCUGCUGUGGGAAAAUAUCAAUAACUUUGAAAGGUAUGCAACCAGAUUAGUUGAUUGCAAGGAAGUCUCUAAAGACGUUGUAGCAAAGAAUUCGAGCUAUUCUAAGUGGGUAGAAGAGUUGAGAGAAUUGAAAUCUCAGAUGCAGCAAAUCCAUCCUCAGUUCCCAAGGUUUAAUGGUGAGUUAUUUCCUUAGUUCCAGAUUUCACAUCCUGUAAAGCUAUGUAAUGAAUCUAUUUAAUGUCUACUCUAGAACUAUCAGGUUGACUUAGCCAACCUAUAUUGUGUUUUAUAUAUAGCUUCAACUAUUAUUCAAUAAUUCUUCAAGUUAUAAUACAUCCCCCGUCAACAAAUAAAGGUUUGUUACUUUGCUUAGUACUGAUUCUAAAUUGAAAUGCAAUAGACGUGCAAGGAA